ACCAUUCGACCAUAAAGGAAUCUCUUAUCAUGUUGUCGAACCGACUGUUCUUGUAUGGAACUAUUAAAUCAGACCAACCCAAUCAUUCGUUUAUUCCAAAGGAAGAUCCACAAAGCUGUCGAUUUCUUGGCACGGGAAAGACCGAGACAAAAUGGCCGCUGGUGAUCGCAACAAAAUACAAUUUUCCAUUUCUCUUGGACUGUGAAGGGGAAGGCUACAAGGUCGAAGGCGAAGUGUAUGAGAUGGAUAAUGGUCUCCUUUCCUAUAUCGACGAAAAAGAAGGUUAUCCAGAUCACUACGCUCGUCGUCAGGUCAACAUCGUCUUGGACAAGAUGGCGGAUGACCCCGAGCCAAACACCUCAAAGACAUUGAGGUGUUGGUUUUAUCUCUUACCUAGGUUUAGCCCAUCUGUACUGGCACUCGAAAAAUACAAGAGUUACGACAGCUAUGGCGCCCACGGCAAGCAAUGCAUCGAGGUAUACGACCACAAGAUAAAGGAAUGGGUAGAGCCCAUUGAGAAAGUGCAUAGAGAGAUUGCACUUUUACAUGGAACUGAUGAAAAAUGCAACUAAAGCCAUUCGGCCGACAAUUCAUUUUCUGGUUGUUUAUGAUGUUCGGCACUGUGGUAAUUCGAUCAUAUUGAUAUUUUAUUGCAUCUUAAUGCACACUGUACUGUAGCUCUUCAUUAGGGGACACGUCACAGUAACAAAAUGGUGACAUAUUUUGCACAAGCAUUUAGACUUUACGCCAUCAUAGUGAGAAAUAAUAGCUGGAAUUUACUUAACAUUUUUUUUAGUUCUUUGUUAGAGACAAUAGUAGAGCCAGUAAUGGCACUCGUUGCGUCGACUGUAUUUAUGCGAAGAUAUGAAUCUUACUUUGUCUUUUGUAGUUUCGCUUGUUUUAUUUUCGAAGGGUUGAAAAUCGUUUGUUACGAAAAGUUAUUGUAUGCAGCAUUGAUUAAAGCUAUUUAAAAACAUUUUUGUGUUAAAAAAUCUUUCUCAUCCUACACGAAUAUUCCUUUAAUUCUACAACUACAAGAUAUGAAUCUGCCGGUAUAUAUACACUCGGCAAAAAAGUUAUUGGACACUUAUAAAAGUUAAAAUAUUCCAUAUAGAUAUUUGAUUAAAGGCAAAUUAUUGUAUGCCAACAUGACCAGACAAUAUUCCUCUUCCAGUAUGACAUGACAUUUUCAGGU